UCAACACUACUAUAUAACAAAUAAUUUGAGGAGAAAGACUGCCAAACUCUCAGAAAUGUGGGGAUUCUUCGAUUGGGUAUUUGGUAUUCUCAACUAUCUUGGCUUGGCAAAGAAGUCAGGAAAGUUGUUGCUCCUUGGAUUAGAUAACGCAGGAAAAACCACACUUCUCCAGAUGUUAAGGGACGAUAGAUUGGGGACUAACGUACCUACAUUACAUGCCACGUCGGAAGAAUUAACUCUUAACAACAUUAAGUUAACAACAUUUGAUCUUGGUGGCCACGUACAAGCUCGUAAGAUAUGGAAGGAUUACUUUCCCGUCGUUGAUACGUUAGUGUUUAUAAUUGAUGCCGUUGACCGGGCUCGAUUCCAAGAGGGCAAAGAGGAGUUAGAUGCUUUGCUGUCUGACGAUCAGAUCUCUCAGUUGCCCAUCCUUAUCCUUGGAAACAAGAUCGACUGUGCUGGCGCUGCAUCUGAGGAUGAAAUCAGGCAAGAGUUCAGGCUCCAUGGUCAAACUACCGGCAAAGGAAAUAUCCCCAGAAAAGAGCUCCAAACCCGUCCCAUCGAAAUCUUCAUGUGUUCGAUCAAGAAGAGACAGGGAUACGGAGAAGCUUUCAGAUGGCUCUCCCAGUACCUGUAGACACAGAUUAGACAUGAAUACCGGCAGAUCGCGUGAUUAAUAGCUUUAUGUGCAGUCUUUGAUUGAUGGAUGAUUGGUCAUUUUGUACCGUGGGGACUGUGUUGUAUUUAUUGUGCUUCCCAUGACCCAUUUUUAUACUUCCUAGGUGCCAAUUCCAUUGCUAUUAGGGAUAUUAGAGAGGGCACAGGUAUGAUAGUUUGCUUUUACAUCUUGCUUCAGUGAAAUAUGAAUGGUAUAAGCUGAUACUAAUACUACAACUAAGUUCACUCGCAGAAUUGCAUGUUGCCUUUUAUCGUAAGUGGAGGAAAGUUAAACAUUUCUUGGACACUUUCCUCUAAAAACCACAUGUAAGAAUUAAAAUAACUAAAUCAGCUAAUAUUACGAGAUAUUUGCUUUUCCGUUACUUUUAUGCAAUUCGUUAUGUAUAUUAAAAUUUGACAGUAGUUCGUGUUUUAAACUGCAAUUGUAAUUUGUAUUUAGCGUUUCCAGUGCAGAAAUCACAAAAAGCACGGGUUAUGUAUGAUCUAGUGAUAUGUCAAUAUUUUAUAUUGAAUAUUAAUUGCCUUCA